UCAUCGUUCCAGUACGCGCCGCUGGAUCCAGCAAAACGAGAAAUACGACUUUUAGAGCUAUACCCCGGUAAACCUGGUAGCAAGGUUAUCACGCGUCUCUUCAACGUCUCUUUGGAUGAGAAGCCUAGUUUCGAGGCGCUCAGCUACACAUGGGGACCGCCUCGGCCAACCUACGACAUCUCUGUCAAUGGCGCCAAGUUUACCGUAGGCCGAAAUCUCAGGAAAGCUCUGGACGACUUGCGACAUGAAAGCGAGCCACGCGUCGUCUGGACAGAUGCCCUCUGCAUAAACCAGCCCGAUAAUGCCGAUAAGGAGCAUCAGAUUAAGCUGAUGCAAUCGAUAUACGCCACUGCACAAGUUGUCUGCGCUUGGCUCGACCACAACGCACAACCUAUCACAUCUGUGUUUGAAGACUUAGAAUACUUUGGAAAAGGGGUAGAGCUUGACGACUUUCACGAUCCGUCGUAUUGGUACCCAGUCGCGGACAUCUUUCGCAACCCAUACUGGCGUCGAUUGUGGAUACAGCAAGAACUGAUCCUUGCUCCAAAGAUUCAGGUCUACUGUCGCCGUGAUGCUUUUGACGGGGCGCAGUUGUUGAAAUUCCAGGACAAAGUGGGUGUCAUCAAGCGCGAGAUGGUUCAAUUCUCCGGCCCCUUGUCUGAGCUUUCUCGCUGCAUUGACGGGAGUACAAAAGACUCCUCGACCCCUGAGAUUCUGGGAGGCGGUAUACUACGUGCCAGGGAGAGCUUGCUCAAGGGUCGUCAGGUCCACGGGGAGAAAGAUCUAGAACGGUUCAAGAUAACUCGAGACAUCCUUGGAUCGUCAUUGUUACAUCUAUUCCUGCAGGCAUCUGGCUUGAAGAUGACUGAGCCUAGAGAUCGUGUCUACGGUGUCUUGGGACUUGUCGCCGAUAUAGACCAGGACGCGGUUUGGGUUGACUACCAGGCUCCCGUCUUGAAGAUAUACUCUCAAGUAUUCAGCCUUUUUCUGAACAAAUAUCACGACCUCUCAUUUCUGGCCUUCGAAGGAAACCACGCACCUGACGCUGCUUCGGAUCGAGAGGGCCUCCCAACCUGGAUGCCACAUGUCACUAUCAACUGGGGGCUUAUCAAUGCGAGUAGAGCUUGUGGUACUACUCGAGCGACCCGUGCUACUGUCAAUCAAGACACUUUGACACUUUCCGCAGAAGGCCUUUUGGUUGACACAGUCUCCUUCGUGGGAGAACGGGAAGAAGCAGGUGGUCUACCCAUUCUCGAGUGGUUGCAAAAGCUGGAAGGAUACUGUCGACGUGUUUGGCCAGAUGCCGCCGAGUCACCCCUCUACGAGAAAGACGAAGUCACGUCGCUGUUAUUCUCAUGGCUGAGAGAUCAACGUUACCGUGCCAUGUACCAUCAGGAUAAACCAACGCCAGCGAGGAGAGUCGCGUUGCUUCGGGCCCUGUGCGUGGCAGCAACCAAGGUGGAGCAGGAGGGAUUUAGUCUCCGACAUGUUGUUUUUGGAGGGUACACGCCCACGAAUGUUUUAUCGAGAGACGAAAGGGCGGCGCUGAUACCAAUGCUUCAUAUCAGCUACGUGACAUUCGUAGGGACAUCGGGUGGACGGUUGGGGACUCUAGAUAAAGAUUCCGGUGUCAAUUCGGGAGACCAGGUCUGGAUUCUGUUUGGCUGCCGGAUCCCAGUCAUUCUACGAGCAGUUCCUAACACAACGAACCGAUUUACUGUAGUCGGAUAUGGGAUCUUUCCAGGGCUAAUGCUGGGAGAG